AUGUCCAAGGCCGAGCUUCUUCUUCUUGACUUUUGGGUUAGUCCCUUCUGCUUGAGGGUGAAGAUCGCUUUGAACGAGAAAUGCCUUCAAUACGAAGCUCGACCGGAGGACUUGUUCGGCGGCAAAAGCGAGUUGUUGCUAAACUCUAACCCCAUCUACAAGAAAGUCCCCGUGUUUCUGCACGACGGCAAACCCUUAUGUGAGUCCACCAUCAUCGUCAACUACAUCGAUGAGACCUGGUCUUCCCCUCCACUGCUCCCACCGUGCUCGUAUGGCCGAGCUCAGGCACGCUUUUGGGCUGAUUAUAUUGACAAAAAGGUAUUUGAUGCAUGCGGGAAUGUAUGGAGAUGCAAAGGGGAGGUACCGGUGGAAGCGAAAAAUGAGUUUAUAGAGAUAUUGAAGCAGUUGGAAGAAGCAUUGGGGGACAAAGAUUACUUCAAUGGUGCCACAUUCGGGUUCGUUGACGUCAUCGCAAUCCCUCUAACCUGCUGGUUCUUUUCCGCCGAGAAGAUCGGCGGGUUUACGGUGGCGGAGGAGUGUCCCAAGUUUUCGAGUUGGAUGAAGAGGUGUUUGCAGAGGGAGAGCGUGGCGAAAGUAAUGCCCGAGCCUGAAAAAGUGUACGAGUUCGUCUUGAUGUUUAGGAAAAUGCAGGGCAUCGACUGAGACACCAUUCUUUCUGCCCUUCGUCUCCAGCAAGAUACAG